AAAAACCAACUGAUCUGGCUUUAAAAUUGAAACGAAUACUUUUAAUUGAUCGGAAUUUAUAUUGAAAACGAAAUAGAAUAUGUCAGAACUUGAAGCAUUGUUGACCAAAGGAUUGCAAGGCCACAGCAAGCCAGAAGGAGUGAAGUUCACUUAUGGUACUGCUGGCUUUAGAAUGAAUGCUUCCAAGUUGGAUUAUGUCAAUUAUACGGUAGGGAUUUUAUCAGCAUUACGUUCCAAGUUUUUGAAAGGAAAGACUGUUGGGGUUAUGAUUACUGCCUCGCACAAUCCACCGGAAGAUAAUGGGGUGAAGGUGGUUGAUCCUUUAGGAAGUAUGUUGGAGGCCUCAUGGGAAGUUCAUGCUACCAAGUUAGCCAACUCGAGCCACGAAGAAAUCAAGCUGAAUAUCGAACAGCUCGUCCACGAGCUUGGUAUUGACUUGAAUGAGAAGGCCAAUGUUAUUGUUGCUAGGGAUUCAAGAGAAUCCAGUCCAGCGUUAUCCCAAGCUACUAUUGAUGGUAUUCAGUCGAUUCCAAAUGUUUCAUUCAAAGAUUAUGGAUUGAAUACAACUCCUCAAUUGCAUUACUUAACAAGGACUUCGAACGACUCUGCUUUCGGAGAGCUCUCUGAAGAUGGUUAUUACAACAAAUUGGCUGAAGCUUUCAAAAAUAUUUAUAAAUUAUCACUGAACGAAGAAAAAAUUGAUAUCACUAUUGAUUCAGCUAAUGGGGUGGGUGCACCAAAGGUUAAGGAUCUUUUAAGCAAGUAUUUGACUGAGGAGAUCUCUUUCCAUUUGGUAAACAAUGAUUAUGAUCAACCAAACUUAUUAAAUUUCGAUUGUGGUGCUGAUUUUGUUAAGGUCAAUCAAAGAUUACCAAAGAAUGUUGAGACUCCGGUUCCAAAUAAGUUAUAUGCAUCAUUUGAUGGUGAUGCCGAUAGAUUGAUCCACUAUUAUCAAAACGCCAAUGGCGAAUUCAGAUUAUUAGACGGGGAUAAGAUUGCUACUUUGAUUGCAUUAUUCUUACAACAAUUGUUAAAAGAUGUCGAUACUUCUAAACUCAACUUGGAUAUUGCCGUUAUUCAAACUGCCUAUGCCAAUGGAUCAUCAACCAAGUACGUUGAAGAUGUUCUUAAAAUCCCAGUGCGCUGUACUCCUACCGGGGUUAAACAUUUACAUCACGAGGCUGAAAAAUAUGACGUUGGUAUUUAUUUCGAAGCCAAUGGUCAUGGUACAGUUAUUUUUGCUCCAAGUGCAGAAGAAAAGAUCUUCAAGUAUCAAUCUAAUGAUGAUAAAGAAUCCAAAGCCAUUCAGGUUUUGCAACAGUUUACUAAAUUGAUUAACCAAACCGUUGGUGAUGCCAUUUCUGAUUUAUUGACCGUGUUAAUAAUUGUUCAUUAUUUGAAAUUGUCUCCUGAAGAUUGGGAUAAAGCCUACACCGACUUACCUAACCGUUUAGCUAAAGUGAUUGUCAAGGAUAGAACCGUUUUCAAGACCACUAACGCCGAAAGAACCUUGGUUGAACCAAUUGGUUUACAAGAUAAGAUCGAUGAACUCGUUGCUCAAUAUCCAAGCGGGAGAUCUUUCGUUAGAGCCUCUGGUACCGAAGACGCAGUUAGGGUCUACGCCGAAGCCGACAUCAAACAAAAUACUGAAAAGUUAUCGCAAGAAGUUUGUGAAUUAGUCAAACAAUUCAAUUAGAUAUAUAUGUAUGUAAAUGCUAAUA